UUCCUUUUCUGUAAGCAUGAACUGAAGAGAAUGAACUGACUGCCUUGUGGGUUUGUGCACCUUGAAUAUAACAUCUGUCACCCAGAGGAAGAGGCACUUUGAGAUUCUGUGCUGUUAGGGUAAAGACUUUGCUGGCGGCUUGGUGCUGAAAGGUAAACUAAGGUAAGCACUUGCCACUAUAUAUGUAUGAAGAUACACUUACCUCUCAGAUGUGCUUUAUACACUGAGACAUUUUUCUGGCACUUCACACAGUACUGGAUUAUGGAUGGGGACCUGAGGAGCCUGCUGGCCGGAGGAAAGCAGGAGGACUUGCUGGUGGAUUACCAUUUGUCACCAGCAGUUAAUUCCUCUGCACCCUAUGAUAACAUGUACUACCCUGAACUGGACACUGACUGUGAAUUUGAAAGUAUUCCAUCAUUUGCAUCUUCAUUUUUUCCAGUGCUGUACUCUAUAUUGUUUGUGGUUGGCCUCACGGGAAACGCUUUGGUUGUUUGGGUCCUAACAGUCUUUAAGAAAAUCAGGGCCAUGACUGACGUGUAUCUGCUGAACCUCGCCAUCUCUGACCUCGUCUUUGUCUUCUCCCUCCCUUUCCUGACUCAGUACUCCCUGGUAAGCCAGUGGACUUUCGGCAACGCCAUGUGUAAAAUUGUCAGCUCUGCUUACUUCAUUGGUUUCUACAGCAGCGCCUUCUUCAUAACCAUCAUGAGCAUUGACAGGUACUUGGCCAUUGUGCACUCUGUGUAUGCCCUGCAGGUCCGGACAACCACCCAUGGAAUCAUUGCAAGCCUGGUCCUUUGGGCAGUAGCCAUUUUAGCAUCAGUGCCAGGCCUUGUGUUCUUCCAGGAAGUGGAUGAUGAUAACAAGACACUGUGCAUCCCUCUCUACCCUGGCAGCGGUAAUGGCUGGAAGGUCUUCAGUAAUUCUGAAGUCAACAUCAUGGGGUGGCUGUUCCCUGUGAGCAUCCUCAUUUUCUGCUACCACAACAUUUUGAGAAACCUGCAGAGGUGCCAUACUCAGAACAAAUACAAAGCAAUGAAAUUGGUUUUUAUCGUUGUCAUUGUGUUCUUCCUGUUCUGGACCCCCAUCAAUAUCGUGCUCUUUUUGGACUCUAUGAGGAGCUUGCAUAUCAUCGAUGACUGCCAGACUAGCCAAAGGCUUGACCUGGCCUUGGAGCUGGCCGAGACACUCUCCCUUGUGCACUGCUGCCUCAACCCCAUCAUCUACGCCUUUGUUGGGGAGAAGUUCAAGAAGUACCUCUGUGAGGCUUUUGGCAAAUAUACCCAUUUUCUCUUGAUCUGCAAAGGACACAGUGCCUUCAACAGACGCAACACGGACAGACGCACCUCUCUGUACACAGCAUCCUCGCAGUCCUCUUUCGUCGGCAGCAUCUUGUAGAGCUGCAAGGCAGAAGCUCCGUACUUUAGACUUGAUUUGAAACCGAGAAAUUCUCCCUGUACUUCAAUAAAAACAGUCUUUCUGUUUCCUUGUA